AUGAAAGAAACAUACAAUCUCAAGAAUCCUGCUGUGAAGCGUAUUAUGCAAGAAGCCAGAGAGUUGGCGACCGAGUCGUGUUAUGAAUAUGAAGCCCAUCCGUUGGAGGACAAUAUCUUUGAAUGGCACUUUACCGUACGUGGACCAGGUGGUACUGAAUUUGAAGAUGGCAGAUAUCAUGGACGAAUCUUGCUUCCUGCUGAAUAUCCCUUCAAGCCGCCAGAGUUGAUCUUUUUGACACCAAAUGGACGAUUCGAACUUAAUACAAAGGUGUGCCUAAGCGUAACAGGCUAUCAUCCAGAGUUCUGGCAACCAGCUUGGGGUAUCCGUACUGUCAUCUUGGCUGUGAUGGGAUUUUUCCCUACCGAGGCUCGUGGUGCUAUUGGUGGAUUAGAUUAUACAAAGGAGGAACGUCGUGUCUUUGCUAAAAAAUCGAAAACGUGGACUUGCUCUGUGUGCAACAUAUCCAACAAUGAAUUAUUACAAGAUACAGCUCCUCAUCAUCAGAAAAACAACCAAGAAGACAACGUCCCUGAUUUUUCUUUAUCGUACAAGCCAAACAACUCCACCACCACCACCACCACCACCACCGCUUCUACGAGUAGUAAUGGACAACGCGAUGAAUUGGAUCAACAAAAUCAAAGUCAAGAUGCAUCACCAUCCUCAGUUGGAAAUUCGCCAGAUAUACCAAGUCAAUCGAAGGACAAUCCUGCCACAGCAUCAUCUUCAUCAUCGUCAUCAUCGUCAUCUCAAUUCACAAGAUCUAUACCCACACAGCCGCCGGCAUCAUCUAGAACAUCUAUAGAUACAUCGACUACUAGACGACCUCCAUUAUGGCUUGAUGGCUUGAUUGGUGUAUUGUUAGCAUUGUUAGUUACAUUGAUUGUUCGCCGCUUUUUGUAA